AUGUAUUAAACACAAACCUAAUCAUAAAAACAAAUUGAAGAAAUGAUUGCUUAUAGUUAAUCAAAUUUAUCAAUAAUUUUAAACAUGGAACAAUUUAUGAAAUAUUUUAGAGCUAAUGAUCCAUUUGCAAUUGAUUUUCUAUAAAGGAAUGUAAAGUAAAUGAUUGACAUUUUAUUUAUUGACUAUGAUAAAGUUUAAACUGACUAAUUAGCUAUUUUUAGUGACUUAAUUAAUAAAAUCUUUGAGAUUAUAGAUCUCAAAUUAGAACCUAUAAUGAAAUAAAUAGAAGUGAUAUUCAGAUUUUAUUUUAGAUUUAUUGGGAAGUGAUAUUUGAUUUAAGAUGGAGAGCAUUGACACCAGAUACAUAAUGGGGAAUUGCUCAUAAAUUGUUUUAGUUGAUAAAGGAUCGAGAUAAGAGAUUUGUUCUUGAUUAAUUUUAAAGACCUAACUUUUUGGUUUCUUUUUUACCUUUAAUUCACAUAAAUAGCGUAGCUUAGAUUUUAAUUAUCUUUUAUGAGUUUGGGUUUCAUUAAUAAUAACUUGAUUUUUUAAAAGUUGGUUUUGAUCGAUUUUAAGACUUUGAUCCUUGUAGUGCAAUCAAUUUCACUUUUAUUAUUCAUGAGAUUAUGAUUAGAAUUUUAAAUGAUAAUUAAAUUGAAUAUGUGAUAAAAGGAGAAAUUCAAAGGAAAAUGUUUGCUAUUAUUUCAAGAGAUGAUAUUAAUGCAAUGUAUUUGUAAUAAGUAAUUAAAUAGUACUUUAAAGAAUGCUGCUCAUAUUUUAUCAUUAGUAUCAAAUUAUUAUUCAAUGGAUAUGCAAAAUAUUUAAUUAGAUGAACCAGAGACAUAAGAAAUUACUUAAAAUUUUAGACAUACAGAAUUCUUUGAAUAUUUUGAUGUUAAAAUAAUUGCAUAAAUAUUGUAAUAAUCAUUUUAAAAUAAAACUAAGGUUGGUUUAUUGAUUAUUAAACUUGUAGAAGUAUUAAAAUUUAAUAAUUAUUUAGGUAAUUGAUAAUUUAGUUAGAAUAACAGAUAUCUAAUUAUGGGAAAAGGUUGAUAAAGCUAAUAUAAUGGAAUUAAUAUUUAACUUAGUUCAUAAAUUUAAUAAAUAAGAUAUUUUUAUAUCUUAUGUAGAUAAUAUGAUUUCUUUCAUUUUUGAAAGAGCAUUAAAUGAUUAUCACCCAUAUUGGGCAUCUAAAUUAAUAUUAAAGAAUAAAAUUCACGAAAAACAUCAUAGGUUAAUUGACAAAUAAAUUUAUUAAUUUGAAUCAAAAUUAUCUCUUAAAUUAAUUCAAGAUGGAGAGUUUUUACCAUAUUAUGAUUAUUUAAAAUAAAUAGAAGAAGAGUUAAUGAUUUCCCAUAAUUGGAGAACUUUAAAGUUACAUUAAAUGAAAUAAGAAGAAAUACAUAAGAAUAAAUUAGGUGAAGAUCCUAGUAGUCCUUAAAUUGAAGAAAAACUAAUUGUAUCUGCUUUAGAUGUUGAGGAUACAAAAUAUUAAGAAUAAGAUGGAAUUGAUGAAUCAGCAAAUAAUAUUUUUAUUAAUUGUCAAUCAAAUUCACCUUCAAAAUAAAAUUAUUAAGAAAUUACUAAAAAUAUAUUUGAAACAAUUCCUAUUACAAGGGCAGAUUCAGAAUCAAAUUCAGAAUCCUCAUAUAAUGAAAGUGAGUAAUCAGUUGAAAAAAAGUUUGUUUAGGAUAAGGAUUUUGAUAGACCAAUAGAUCCUUUGAGUUAAUUAAAAGAGGUAUUAUCAGAAUUGGGUUUGAAAUCUAAUUAAUAAAAUAAAUUAUCUCAUUCUGAUUAAUUAGAUAGAGAAAAAGUAUAUAAAAAUAGAAAUUUAUCCAACUCAUUAAAUCAUGAAGAAUAAAAAAAUAAACUUAUGACUGCUUCUCUUAAAGAUGAUUAUGAUGUUCCAUCUCCUAUACUUUAAAGAAGAAGUUCACUUUAACCAGUCUCUAAUGUUAAGAAAUUGAAUAAGAAUUUUGAAGAAUUUCAUAUUGAUUUUUUAAAUAAUCGAAAAAUCCUAAAAAAAGAUGAUAAUAGUAUUUUAAAGGUUGAUGAAAUUGAUUUUGAAAAAGUGCCAUCUAAAUAAAUAAUUUAAGUUGUUUUUUAAAAAUAAAAUUAAGAAAUACUACUCAAAACAAAAUUAGUAGUGGAACCAAAAGAGGAGGAAACUAAUUUGUUUCCAAAAUUUGAGAAAGUUGAAGAUAUCAAGUUUAGAUAACUAUAACAAAAGGAUCUCCAUUUUCUAGAAUUUCUAAAAAAUUAGGAAUGA